AUGGGUGGGCUUUGCUCUAGGAGUUCUUCUGUAAAUAACGCUCCUGGUGGAAGCUUUACCCAUGUUAAUGAAGAGGAUGAUCCUUGUCCACUGAUGAUGGUGAAUGAGGAGGCCCACCCAUCAGAGUCCUUUUCGUUUCCCAAUCUGACCAUGUCUGCUUCUGUUGGAUCUCAUCCUCAGAAUAUCAAGGAUGGGAUUCCCCAGUUGCCCAGAGUUUUAUCUCACAAAUCAAGAUCCACCAAGUCUAGGCAAGCUGUAAGUUCUCUCUUGGGCAGGGCUGGAACCAUGGGACUUGGUAAAGCUGUGGACGUAUUGGACACCCUCGGGAGUAGCAUGACGAAUCUGAACCACAGUGGUGGGGGAUUCUCCUCUGCCACCACCACCAAAGGGAAUAAGAUCUCAAUCUUGUCUUUGGAAGUCGCUAGCACCAUCGUGAAAGGCGCCAAUCUUAUGCAUUCCCUUUCCAAACAGAGCAUCGCUUAUUUGAAAGAGCUAGUGUUACUUUCACAAGGUGUGCACAACCUAGUUUCCAAAGACAUGGAUCAACUUUUGAGAAUAGCUGCUGCUGAUAAAAGCGAAGAGUUGAGGAUAUUUUCUGGAGAGGUGGUGUGUCUUGGGAAUCAUUGCAAGGAUCAUCAAUACCACAAUCUGGAUCACUUCUUUGACAGAUUGGGCUCUGAAUUUACACCACAGCAACAUUUGAAACAGGAAGCAGAAUCCAUAAUGCACCAGCUCAUGACGUUUGUUCAUUUCACAGCUGAGUUGUAUCAUGAACUUCAUUCGCUGGAUAGAUUUGAACAAGAUUACCAACGUAAGAUUCAAGAAGAAGCCAACCCAAACACAGCACAACGAGGUGUGGGAGAUACCGUCGCUAUCUUGAGAAGUGAAUUGAAAAGUCAGAAGAAGCAUGUAACUAAUUUAAAGAAAAAAUCCCUUUGGUCUAGGAUCCUGGAAGAGGUGAUGGAGAAACUCGUUGACGUUGUGCAUUUCUUGCAUUUGGAGAUUCACGAAUCCUUUGGGUGUGCGGAUCUAGAUAAGCCUGCAAAUGACCCACCAAUAAUCAAUCAUGAAAAGUUGGGCUAUACUGGUCUUGCCUUACACUAUGCAAACAUCAUUACUCAAAUUGAUACUCUUGUGUCCCGAUCUAGCACUAUGCCUUCGAGCACAAGAUAUGCUUUAUACCAAGGUUUACCCCCAAGUAUAAAGUCUGCUUUACGCUCCCGAAUACAGUCGUUCCAGGUUAAAGAAGAGGUAUCUGUCCCUCAAAUAAAAGCCGAAAUGGAAAAAACGUUGCAGUGGCUUGUUCCUGUUGCUACAAACACAACCAAAGCGCAUCACGGGUUUGGAUGGGUUGGAGAAUGGGCAAGUUCCGGGUCGGAGGCGAACCAGAGACCAGUAGGUCAAACCAUACUAAGGAUAGAUACGCUUCACCAUGCAGAUAAAGAAAAAGCUGAGUCUUACAUGUUAGACCUGGUGGUAUGGCUUCAUCAUCUUGUAACCCAAGUCCGGGCCACUACUGGUUUUGGUCUAAGAUCUCCGGUUAAGUCUCCAAUUAGAUCACCUAACCAGAAAGCGAUCCAACUCUCCAGUGGUUCACACAAACCAAAUAUGGGUUCUCCAUUACAGAGUAUGGAGGAUAAAGAGAUGCUUAGAGACGUGAGCAAGAGGAGAAAGAUGCCAGGAAUUAGCAAGAGCCAAGAGUUUCAGACGGUGGCUAAAUCACGACUUUGUAAGCAUCAAAGAGUGAGAAAAAGCAGUAGCCACUUGCCGGUGACGGGGGAGAUGAUGAAUAGUAAGAAGGAUACAUUCUCAAUCAGAAGACCGUCUUUUGUUCCCAUCAUAGAUUUUGACAUUGAUCGUAUGAAAGCCCUUGAUGUGAUUGAUCGCGUGGACACCAUUCGGAGAUUUUACUUAUACUAA